AUGAUUGUGAUAUUCAUAUUAGAUACUAGCGUGUCCAUGAAUAGGCGAUUUGCCGAUAACCUGUCUGCUUUUGAGUGUGCCAAGUCAGGCAUUGAAACCUUUUUCAAAGAAAUGAAUGACGAAAAGAAUAGAUGGUUCUAUGCUGACAGAGUGGACAAAGUGGAUAAAUACGUGUUGGUCACGUACGAGAAUGGAGACGGAAGAGUAAAGUCGUCUCUUAAAGACGGAAGCGAAAAGUUGUUAGCUCAGUUGAAGAUGCUUAAAGCACAAGACAUGUCAAAUCCAGCAGCUGCUUUUGCAGCAGCAUUAGAAAUACUCGAUGCAUACAGGCUAUCAAUGGGCAUGGAUACAAUUUGCAGAGGAAGAUACCCAGCACCUGUAAAUAACUCGUUGAUAUUAUGGUUCACGGAUGGCGGAGAUUGUACCGAUGUCGAAGAUUUACGCGAUAGGACGGUACGAGAGAAGCUAAAGAAUAUUGAACUCAAUACGCCUGGAGUGCACCUCUAUAAUGAACCUCUCAGGUGGGAUCAGAAACUAUACACGUUCAUACUAGAGUCAGAUGAGUCUCCUACAGCUCAAUAUAUACAAGAAUUCACAGAGAAUGUUAGAGGCAAGCUGUAUAGAAUAUACGAUAGUCGAAUGAUGGUGCAACAAAUCGCAUCAAUGGUGGAAACUGACAGAACGGACAGGGCGAGACCGAGAGGUGAUAGAAUAUUCACGAAUGAAGGUGUACUCGUUAAUUUCCAAGAAAUGCGAGGGGGAAUAACGACUCCAAACGAUAAAAAUCAUAGGAAAUUUCUUUUUGUGGAGAAAAAUGGCCUGUCAGGGGAGGUUCCAUACAUAAUUGCAGAUAAUGCCUGGUGUAUUCCGGAAAAUUUCUGGGUUCCACGCGAGUCUCUUGGCUCUAUAAGGAUGUCGAAACGCAACUAUUUACCGACUAUAUUCUACGAAGCUUGUGAUCGUCGUUUUCACAUACCCCAAGGAAUAGUCUAUGAACAAUUUCGCGUGGAAAAGUGUGAAAUGACCACAGAGUUGAUGAGAAGUGGCAUAGGAACACAAUGGCCUGUCUAUAUCAAAGACAGCGGAGGCGAUAGUAGGAGGGCGUUUGGUGAACCAUUUGGAUUUCUGGCCGCUUCAGAAAACCGAGUUUAUUUGGUUGUGUUACCAUAUAAUUACCCUGCUUUGUUUGGCCUGCUGGAAAAGUAUAAUCCUUUACCUUACAUAGAUGUCAACAGGAUGUCACCCGAGUGGGUCAAGUCAAUGAAGAAUUACAUGGAAUCGAUCCCAUGGUAUUAUCAUGAGCGAUUAAGAAACAAUAUGCCAUCGUAUGCGCAGCUCAUUCAAGCGUUUAGCCCGCUGAAUAUACGUACUGACGAAUUAGACGCGUAUAUAUCAGAAAUCAAAAAAAGUGCAAAUGAAUGGCUAGAGCGCUUAGAUGGUCGUGUCAAGGCUGCAGCAUUGGCUCCUGUAGCUGCUGAAAAGAAAAUAUCUCUAUACGAAGACUCUUCUAAUGUUCCGCGUAGUUUACUUGUCAGUACUAUGACACAAUUGAAGCGGGCAUUUUUCAAAGAGAUAGGAGCUCAAGGCGUAAAUGGAACCAUUGGAAGAAACAAAAUUAAUGACACAUCAGAUGAAGAUACGCGUCAUUCCUUGCCUGUUUCUCAAAUGGGUGAAUACCAUGCUGCAAUGCAGAAACAAUUCGCAUCGAUGUUAAGGAACCCAUAUGAGUUCGAUGACAUGGACAGAAAACGAGCACGUCGAUACACUGUUGGAAACAAUAUGUACAGAAGUAAUACGAAUGAAGGAAUUUCAAUAGAUGAAGCGGGUGAAGCUUCUCCAAACAUACGUGCAUCAAACGAAGCAGAAGUUCCCAAUACAUCUCCCUCAAAUGGACUUGCGCCAUCAGCGUCUCCAAGAAAAUGGCGCCAUAUAGAACCACAAUAUAUAGACACCCAAGUGAUGUUUAAUGGAAUACCAGAAGCUGGAAUCCCGGCUUUAUCGAUUAAACUCCGACGAGAGAAACUAACAGUGGCCAAGAAAGGCCAGAGAAGAAAUCUGAUGCUCGAAGCUCGGUCGUCUACAACCAUUGCUGCAUCAGAAUCUCAGUCAUUGACGCUUAAGAAUGCGUCAGUGGAUGAAAGAAUAGAAUUACCAGGAGCUCAUUUGCAUUUCUCUAUGCCAGCAGUGGAAUCUCUAUCAUUGCAUGUACCAUGGGAUGGAAGAACAGAGUCAAAAGAAUCGGAUAAUGAUAACAACGAGUCGCGUGGAAUACUUACUGCUCCCGCAAACGCAGGGUUUGCAGCGGUACCUAUGCAGGAUAAUGGUGAAAGUAGUAGUCAGGUGAUACCAGCGGUGGCUCCUAACGGCGUUGACAACAAGACCAACAACACCAUUACUACGACAGUUCACCAACAAGAGGAGGUUGAAUUGAUGGAUGUUGAUGAAGAAGAAGGAGAAUUGAAACAGGAGGCUGAAGUCGAAGAGAUUGUUAAUAGAACAGCGACGAUCUUCUCGCAGAAAGAUGAAGGCAAGACAAUUGAGGCAGCGAACAGAAUAUUUGAAGAUGGAGAGAUACCUACUGGUGUUGAUAUUGAUUCGGAAAUGGAGCUGUCUGAUCUGAACACUGUCAACGGAAACGCGACCAAUAUAGGUGUCGAAGUCAUUGAUCAAAAUUCAAGAGAAGACUCUUCCAUCUCAGUCGAUAGCAUAUCGGGAUUGUUACUUGACGCCAAGAGGAAACUAAUGGAAAUAAUUAAAUCCGACAGAACAGAUGACAGUAUCAAUCGAAUAUCUGAUAUUAUACGAGAUUUAGAAAGUUCAAAUGAUUAUACCAAGGAACAAGUGGCCGCGUUCAUACGGUCUUUACGAAUUCUAGCACUUGGUUCGGAAAGGAAAGAUGUGGUGCGACAAUUGCAAACACUAUUGGAUAAAUCAUAUAGCAAUACUCACAAGAGGACAACUCCCGUAUCGGAUUCCAUGAGCAGCGCUGACCGGUAUCUUUAUAAUAAUGAAAAUUCAUACCACCCGGUCCUGCCAGCAGUAAACUGGUUAAUAGAAGAGAUAAAGAAAGAAGAUUAUGAUGAGAGCAAUAUCAAAAAUAAGCUUUUAGAAGUUGAAGAGGAAAGUAAAUACUCACAAGAACAGAAGAAAUCACUUGUAAUAAUGGCAUUGCGUGUCGCAACAGGGUCGUCCAAGAGUCAGCUUAUACGAUGGUUGCAAGACAUGCGGCAGAGACUAGAUGGAAGUUGA